GCUACCCACUUCACUUGCGUUAGACUCAGCAUAGUGUAAGAAAACCACAAUUCCUCCAUUCUAGAAGUCCUGUACGUACUCUCUCUUUCUCUAUUGCUGGCUAGCUUUUGGGAAUUAAAGAUCUGAGAGUGAAAAAAUAUUAAAGAAGCGACGAUAGCGUCCAUGGAAACGGCUGGAGUAAUGGGUGAUCAAGAGGCCAUGGUUGAUUGGAGAGGGAGACCCUUCAUUAAUCCUAGCAAACAUGGUGGGAUGAGAGCAGCUGGCUUUGUCCUUGGGCUACAAGCGUUUGAGAUAAUGGCCAUAGCUGCCGUUGGGAACAACCUCAUAACAUACUUGAUUAACGAGAUGCACUUCUCUUUGUCCAAGUCUGCCAACAUAGUGACAAACUUUGUCGGAACUCUCUUUCUCCUGGCGCUCCUUGGCGGCUAUCUUUCAGAUUCAUAUCUUGGGAGUUUCUGGACCAUGCUCAUCUUUGGUUUUGUUGAACUUUCUGGUUUCAUAUUACUCUCGGUUCAAGCCCAUCUUCCCCAAUUAAAGCCACCACCGUGUAACAUGCUGUCUGAUGGAGAACAAUAUUGUACGGAAGCAAAGGAGAUGAAAGCUUUGAUAUUCUUUGUAGCACUCUACUUAGUUGCAUUAGGGAGUGGAUGUGUUAAACCCAACAUGAUUGCUCAUGGGGGUGACCAGUUCAACCAAGAUAAUCCCAAACAAUCCAAGAAGCUCUCCUCGUACUUCAAUGCUGCCUAUUUCGCGUUCUCUUUGGGCGAACUUAUUGCCCUUACAAUUCUUGUGUGGGUCCAAACUCAUUCCGGAAUGGAUGUAGGCUUUGGAGUCUCGGCUGCUGCUAUGGCUAUGGGAUUAAUCAGCUUGGUCUCUGGUACUUUAUAUUACCGGAACAAGCCCCCUCAAGGAAGCAUUUUCACCCCCAUUGCUCAAGUUUUUGUGGCUGCAAUUUUAAAAAGAAAGUUGCAAGUUUGUUCAUCUAACAGACGAAUGCUUCACGGAAGCCAAAACAAGGUGCCAAAUAACGUUAGCUUGUCUUCUGAUACUGGCAGUCUCCUUCACACUGAAAAGUUCAGGUUCUUGGACAGAGCUUGCAUCGAAAUCCACGACGGGGCUCAUACAGAGGAAAGCCGAUGGAGAUUGUGCACGGUUACUCAAGUGCAGCAAGUGAAGAUUCUGAUCUCAGUUGUUCCGAUCUUUGCAUGCACCAUCGUUUUCAAUACCAUUUUAGCCCAACUCCAAACAUUCUCAGUCCAACAAGGAAGUGCAAUGGAUACAAGACUCACAAAAUUCUUCAACAUUCCACCAGCUUCACUUCAAUCCAUCCCCUACAUAAUGCUCAUCUUUCUAGUCCCUGUCUAUGACACUUUUUUUGUCCCUUUUGCCAGAAAAUUCACGGGACACAACUCUGGAAUUGCCCCUUUACAGCGGAUAGGCUUCGGCCUGUUUUUUGUAACAUUUUCAAUGGUUUCAGCUGCCAUAAUGGAGAAGAAGAGAAGGGAGGCUGCAGUAAACCUAAACCAAAAACUAUCCAUUUUCUGGAUCACCCCUCAAUUCUUAAUCUUUGGAUUAUCGGAAAUGUUUACGGCCGUAGGCCUCAUUGAAUUUUUUUACAAACAAUCCUUGAAAGGGACGAAAGCAUUUUUAACAGCCAUGACAUAUUGCUCCUACUCGUUUGGAUUCUAUCUGAGUUCCUUACUGGUUUCAAUGGUGAAUAAGAUCACCUCAAGUUCCUCAAAUGGCGGUUGGCUCCAUGAAAAUGAUCUCAACACAGACAGGCUAGAUCUUUUCUACUGGCUCCUGGCAGCCCUUAGCUUUCUAAACUUCCUCAAUUAUCUCUUUUGGUCCAGGUGGUUUUCUAAGAGCUCAUGCCCAUCAAGCACCUUAAAACAUGCGGCUCAUGCAGAGGAUUAUCCCCCAGCUUAUAGCUUCGACACCGCAAAACACGUUGGAGCUGUUGAUCAUAAAUAUUCCUUGAAUGACAUAUAUAUCUCAACAAGUUCCUAGCUACCAUCUUGUAAGAUAAAUAGAUUAAGAAUAUCGGAUAAGGCCGGAUCUCUCGAAGGCUUAUGUCUUCUUCUUCUUUUUUUUCUCUCUUUUUUUGUU